AUGCUCCCGCUGCUCGGGCUGUGCUUGGCCCUGCCGUUCUGCGCGGGGUCGCUGGAAGAGGUGCAGAGCUGGGGGGACACUUCGGAGCAAGUUGCACUCAGGGUCCCAAGGCAAGUCAGGCUGUUGCAAAGGCUGAAAACCAAGCCCUUGAUGACAGAAUUCUCGGUGAAGUCCACCAUUAUUUCCCGUUAUGCCUUCACUACGGUUGCCUGCAGGAUGCUGAACAGAGCAUCUGAGGACCAGGAAAUCACGUUUCAGAUGCAGAUUCCAGCCGCAGCUUUCAUCACUAACUUCACUAUGCUUAUUGGAGACAAGGUGUAUCAGGGAGAAAUUACAGAGAAAGAAAAGAAAAACGGUGAUAAGGUAAAAGAGAAAAGGAAUAAAACCACAGAAGACAGUGGGGAGAAGGGGACGGAGACCUUCAGAGCCUCCGUAGUGCUUCCCAGCAAGGACAAGGCUGCCUUCCUCCUGAGUUACGAGGAGCUCCUGCAGCGGCGGCUGGGGAAGUAUGAGCAUGUGGUCAGCGUACGGCCCCAGCAGCUGGUGGGGCGGCUGACGGUGGAGGUGACCAUUCUGGAGAGGUCGGGCAUCGUGGCGCUGGAGGUGCUGGGGCUCCAGAACAGCCGUCGCCAGGGCAGCGGGCGGGGGCAAGAUGAUUCUGGGCCACCUCCUUCUACUGUUAUCAACCAAAACGAAACUUUUGCCAAUGUCGUUUUUAAACCUACUGUGGUCCAACAAGCCAAGAUUGCCCAGAAUGGCAUUUUGGGAGAUUUCAUCAUUAGAUAUGAUGUUAAUAGGGAACAGGGCAUUGGGGACAUCCAGGUUCUAAAUGGCUAUUUUGUGCACUACUUUGCCCCCAAAGACCUUCCUCCUUUACCCAAGAAUGUGGUGUUUGUGCUUGACAGCAGUGCCUCCAUGGUGGGAACCAAACUGCGGCAGACCAAAGAUGCCCUUUUCACGAUUCUGCAUGACCUCCGACCCCAGGACCGUUUCAAUAUCAUUGGAUUUUCCAACCGGGUCAAAGUGUGGAAGGACCAUUUGGUGUCAGUUACUCCCAACAAUAUCAGAGACGGCAAAGUCUACAUUCACCACAUGUCACCGACCGGAGGCACGGAUAUUAACGGGGCCCUGCAGACGGGCAUCAGGCUUCUCAACGACUUCGUGGCCCACAACGACAUCGAGGACCGCAGCGUGUCCCUGGUCAUCUUCCUGACAGACGGGAAGCCCACCGCCGGGGAGACCCACACCCUGAAGAUCCUCAACAACACCAGGGAGGCCGCCCGGGGCCGGGUCUGCAUCUUCACCGUGGGCAUCGGGGCCGACGUGGACUUCAGGCUGCUGGAGAAGCUGUCCCUGGAGAACUGUGGGCUCACACGGCGCGUCCAUGAGGACCACGAUGCCCGCGCCCAGCUCAUCGGGUUCUACGAUGAGAUCAGGACCCCGCUUCUCUCAGACAUCCGCGUGGAUUAUCCACCCGGCUUGGUAGAGCAUGCCACCAGGACCCUGUUCCCCAACUACUUCAAUGGCUCGGAGAUCAUCAUCGCAGGGAAGCUGGUGGACAGGGAGAUGGACCGCUUGCACGUGGAGGUCACGGCCAGCAACAGUAAGAAGUUUGUCAUACUCAAGAAGGAUGUGCCUGUGGAACCCCGGAGGAUGGGGAAUGACGUCCCGGGGAGCCCCAGGCCCAAGGCGGGUGGCCAGGAGGACCCCAACCACCUGGAGCGUCUCUGGAGCUACCUGACCCUGAAGGAGCUGCUGAGUUCCUGGCUGCAGAGUGACGAGGAGCCCGAGAGGGAGCAGCUCAGGCAGGAGGUACAGGCUCUGGCCGUGAACCAUCGCUUCCUCGCUCCGUUCACCUCCAUGACGCUCAAGUCAGCACCGCGGACAGAGACCCCGGAGGACGCCUAUGGCACGUCGGCGGCCACAGGGCCCGAAACGGUGAUGCAGAGCCUGAGGGGCGCCCACCUGCAGCCAGGACCUGCUCUCAAGAAACCAUACAACCCAAGGAUUAAAGUCUCCAAAACCUCAGCGGAUGGAGACCCCCAUUUUGUUGUGGAUUUCCCCUUGAGCAACCUCACGGUCUGUUUCAACAUCGAUGGACAGCCCGGGCACAUCCUGAGGCUGGUCUCUGAUCAUGCGGACUCUGGCGUGACGGUGAACGGAGAGUUGAUCGGGGCCCCCGCUCCCCCAAACGGCCACAAGAAACAGCGCACUUACUUCCGCACCAUCACCAUCCUCGUCAACAAGCCUGAGAGGUCCUACCUGGAGAUCACGCCCACCAGAGUCAUCGUGGAUAGUGGGGACAGGCUGGUCCUCCCCUGCAACCAGAGCGCAGCCGUGGGGAGCCAGGGGCUGGAGGUGUCAGUGUCUGCCAAUGCCAAGGUCACCAUCGCCAUCCAGGGCAACGUGGCCUUCGUCAUCCUCCUCCACCUCUACAAAAAGCCAGCCCCCUACCAGCGAAACCACCUGGGCUUCUAUGUCGCCAAUGGCCAAGGCCUUUCUGGCAACUGCCAUGGCCUGUUAGGUCAGUUCCUGAACCAGGAGGCCAGACUCACCGGGCUCGGCAAGAACCCUGCCCAUCUUUCCGUCCCUGAGACAGGUGAGAAGUCUGAGGCCAUCCUCGAGGUAAAAGGACACCAGGUCCCAGUGGUGUGGAAGCAGAGGAAAAUCUACAACGGGGAAGAGCAGGUGGACUGCUGGUUUGCCCGGAACAAUGCCGCCAACCUGAUUGACGGGGAGUAUAAAGACUACCUGGCAGCCCAUCCUUUUGACUCCGAGACCACCUUUGGCCCAGGCACAUCCCUGGGAGUCUGA